AUUUUUGUCAUUUUGUCUCCCAAAGAGAUGAUACACAGCCACAGCCACAGACACAACUUUUGUGUAGAGAAGAAACUCACACCGCCCAGCCAAAAUGGCAGCAGCUUCUCCUUCCAUUACCCUCUUUACUACUCGUUUCCCACUUAAAGCAGCCGCCCCAUUUUCCUCUUCUACCUUACCUUAUCUUCCACCACGUGUCUCUUCCACACCCUUUUCCACUUCCUUCAAAUUUCCAGAGUCCAAAAGGUCUUUACUGCUUCAGGUUAAAGCCUCUUCAUCUGAAGAAACUUCUGUUGAUACUAGUGAAUUCCUAACGGAGCUAAAAGAAAAGUGGGAUGCUAUUGAAGACAAGUCAACUGUGCUACUUUACGGUGGUGGGGCAAUUGUUGCAGUUUGGCUGUCUUCAAUUGUUGUUGGUGCCGUCAACUCAGUUCCUCUGCUACCGAAAGUCUUGGAGUUGGUAGGACUUGGAUAUACUGGAUGGUUUGUCUACCGCUACCUUCUCUUCAAGUCGAGUAGAAAAGAGUUGGCAGAAGACGUUGAGGAAUUGAAGAAGAAGAUUGCAGGAACUGAAUAAAU